UGUCCUUGUCAGGCUUUUGUGUUGGAGAUCAUGUUACGCUAGACUGCUUGUUUUAGCUUAUAUUUCCGACCAAAUCUCUUCAAUUUCGCUGCACUAUGAUUUGAAGCGUUCUUCGUAUCCAAAGUGGCACGAUGGAUGAAGAUAGCGGCCGAAAUCUGAGGACGUAUACGCGAAAGAAUUACGAUGAUAAUUUAGACGAUGAAAUUGAAGGCAAGAGGACUUUCAAUGUGUUGGAAAAGCUGCACGAUACAAAAUUUCGUCAAGGCAGCUUUGUCCAAAAAUUGCCCAAUGCAAAUGAUAUCAAUUUGAAGUAUGUACAAGAGCACGGAUUCGACUCGCCGUUUUUAUUUGAAUCUCCUGAAGGUUUAGGAAUGAGAAUGCCCCCUUCUGAUUUUACUGUUGAAGACGUGAAGAAUUUUGUUGGUGCUAGACGUGUAGUCGAUGUGAUUGAUGUGAAUACUCAGCAGCAAAUCGAGAUGUCCAUGUUGCAGUUCGCUAAAUACUACAUGAACACAGAACGAGAGAAAAUUUACAACGUAAUAAGCCUUGAAUUUAGUCACACACGAUUGGAAAAUCAUGUUGAAACACCUCUGCUGGUUCGUCAACUGGACUGGGUUGAUAAUGUUUGGCCAAAAGAAUUGAUAAGGCAACAGAGAGAUUCUACUAAUAAUAUGGAUGACAUGAAGUAUCCCAAAGUUAGGAAAUAUGUCUUGAUGAGCGUCAGUGAAAGUUAUACGGACUUCCAUAUUGAUUUCUGUGGUUCCUCCGUGUGGUACCACAUCGUUAAAGGAAGGAAGAUAUUUUGGCUCAUUCCUCCCACCGCAAGGAAUCUCAGCAUCUACGAGAACUGGGUGUUGUCAGGGAAACAACAAGACGUGUUUCUUGGGGAUCAGGUGGAAAAAUGCUACCUUAUUGAAAUGAAUGCUGGAAACACAUUCUUUAUGCCCUCAGGUUGGAUCCACGCUGUCUAUACACCCGAGGAUAGCCUGGUGUUUGGAGGAAACUUCAUUCACUGCUUCAACAUUGAAAAUCAGUUCAAGAUUUGUGAUAUUGAAGAAAGCACAAGGGUGCCCAAGAAAUUUCGCUAUCCUCUUCACACAGAAAUGAUGUGGUACCUCGUUAAACAAUAUGUCACCCUGCUUGAACGGGAUCAGCAGGAAUGCAAAAAGGAGUCUGGCACUAGCAAUGAGGUCGAUGGCGAUGGGACGAAGGUGGACACUGGGGGAAGACCAAGACGUUCGGGGAGAGAGAAGGCAAAGGCUAGUGAGGAAAAUAAGGAAAAUGUGGAAAAGAAGGUUGAAGUUGAGAUGAACGGUGAUGCAACAGAAGGGGUAAAUGGGGAUGCAGGUGGUGAAGCGGUAGCAAAAAGCGUUCCUAAGAAGCCCUGGGUACCAGUACAUCUGACGCCACGUGAAGUCGCAGGAUUAGAGCUUGUUGUUACCCGGAUGAAAAGUUGGUCCAAAACCAAUAUCCCGGAUGGUAUAGAAAAACCUGAUCAACUUCUGAACCGUCUUCAGGAAUUGCUGGUGUUUCAAAAAGAUCAUGAUCCAGUAUUGACAAUAUCAGGUGUUCACUACAUGAAACAAAUUAUUGUGGAUGAUGAGGGAGAAAGAAAAUCCAAGUCACUUCGUAAAGCCCGCAAACCCAGCUCGUCUUUACGUCGCCGUCGCGUGAGAUGUCGCACGUGUGAAGCGUGUACACGCGAGGACUGCACGGAAUGCAGAUACUGCAAAGAUAUGAAGAAGUUUGGAGGACCAGGAGUACUUAAGCAAUCUUGUUUGUUGAGACAAUGUCAAGAUCCGACAUUGCCUUCUACUGCGAUGUGCAAAAUCUGCGAGGAAAACCAUCCAGACGACGACCAAACGUUGAUGGAAUGUGCAACAUGCGGGAAGAUCGUGCACCCCACGUGUAUGCCAGCGAAGGGAUAUUACCAUAUUGUCCCCGAUGUCAAUAACUGCUGGAAGUGUCCGGAUUGCUGCGACAAGCACUCGGGCGAACGUUUUAAUGGUCAAAGGCUGCCCGCAAGAAGAUCAGUGGCUGAACUAAAGGCGUCAGAGAAGACCCUCCCAUCUGCUGGAAGAACUCCGAAGCGAAAGAGAGACAGCGAUGGAUCAACAGGUUCACUUGAUGACGAAGAUAUGGAUAGUGAUGGUAACACCAGCGACGAGGAUAGCGCCCCCCUGGCUGUCUUAGCUAAGAAACGUCGUCCAUCUCCCCCGGCAAUACCCUUUGUCCCUCCACAGGAAGUGGCUGCCACAUACGUCAUACGUCCUCGUCCCAGUUCCCCGCCGCCGGAAACAUUUGAACUUCAAAACGGGGAAGCGCAUGUUAUGAAACGUGAUACGUGGCUGAAGGUGUUUGGAUAUCUCACUCAGUACGACCUGUCCACGUGCAUGGCCGUGUCUCGCACGUGGAAUAGGUGGUGUAUGGACAAACGAUUUUGGACUCGUAUCAAGCUUUCUGUCGGCCGACCCAUCACCGCUUCGGCGCUUUACGGAGUCGUUCGGAGACAGCCGCUAACCCUGGAUCUCAGCCAUACGAACAUUACGCAACAACAAUUGGCCUGGUUUCUCAGCCGCCUGCCCAGAUUACGAGAUCUCAUCCUAGGUGCGACCACGUUCGCAACGGUCAGCGCAUUCACACGGGUCACGUGUCCGCCACUGAAACUCCUGGACCUGAGUUGGUCAGAAAAAAUUACGGAUCAGCUCAUCGAAGAUUUGCUGAAGCCGUCGACGAACGGAAGACGGGAACGACCUCCAGGGCCUGGAGAGAAUACGAGUCGGCUCCGAUACUUGACCGACCUCGGACUCGCGGGCUGCGAGAUCACCGACGUCGGACUACGAAGUAUAAAGCGGCACCUGGGUUGUUUGACGCGGCUGGAUCUCAGUUAUAAUAUCCUUAUAACUGACCAAGGUUUGGCCAAUUUACUGGACACUGACUCGAGCUUUCAUAAUCACAUCCAGGAAAUGAAUUUGGCCGGUUGUUCCAACGUCUCUGAUUCGUGUUUGGAGGCAUUGAAGAAGGCGCCUGAGUUGGGCAAACUCGAUGUAAGAAAAUGCGAUAAUAUUUCCAAAGGUGCCUGCGAAUCUCUCAAAACAAUACGCACGGCGCUUUCUGUUAUUCAGAGCAAAUGAAGGUUUCGAUAUUCCAGUGAAAUACGGCUGUUUUUGGUUCAUGGUGUGAAUCCCAUGGAGAACCAUUAUUGCUCUCAUUUAACGUUUGUGACAUAUUUCUUUACCUUCAAAGUAUUUAUAUCGCACGACCUGCUUUUUCAGGAAUUUGAAACUACGCUUCUUUUAAUCACACGAGUUUUUCAGGUUGAGACAGCACGUGGUUGAAACUGCAGUUUGGUGAUUUGUAGAUAUAGCAUGUUGCUCUAUAAGUUAAGAUUGCUUGUUAGCUAUAUUUUGGGAUAACAAUUGCAGUUCAACAUAUGACCAGACUUUGGUAUUGCACGUUGUGCCAGCCAUUGUUGAUAACCGACAAUUAACUGGUUGGAACUUGUACAUAUUUGGAGAUCCAAGAAGGAUGUAAAAUCUUGUUUGUUUUUUUCCUAACUUCAAACUAAUUUGCAACAUCGCCACGCCUAAUUAUGCACGCUAUACUGAGUGAUGAUUUCAUACGUUUUAC